CGUCGAACAACAUAACAUCGACGAGACUGUUGGGUAACGAAAAAAAAAAAAGGCAAAAAGAGAAUGGGGGGAAAUAACGAGAGAAAAAACUCUUCUUAAGCCUUAGAAUCACCGAUAAUAUCAAUACGGAGUACAGCUAUUUCAUUGGCUCCGGCAGAGAGGGUAAAAAAAAAAACCAAUACUCACAAUGACCGGUGAUAAUUUUGAACAAAGGACGAGCGCGUUUCUCCAGUGGUUUAAAAAUCUGCCAGGCGCGACCUUUCACGAAAACAUACAAAUUGCGGACCUCAGAAAUCGCAAUGCUGGACGUGGAAUCGUUGCAACGGCCGACAUUGAGCCUGACACCGUCUUGUUCACCAUCCCUCGCAAGGAUAUAAUAUGCCUCGAGAACUCACAAUUGUUCAAGGAGGUAGACUCUUCAAUCUUUGUCAAUAGAGGCUCCGAGCCACUGGACGAGAAUGAGGACGACGAGGCGCAGGAUGGGAGCUCUUCUCACCAACGCGGGCAAAACUCGUGGACGACGUUGAUCCUGGUCAUGAUGUACGAGCACCUGCGCUGCGACCCCUCGCCGUGGCGGCCUUACCUGGACGUGCUGCCCACCGAGUUCGAAACGCCCAUGUUUUGGACCAGCGAGGAGAUUGGCGAGCUCCAGGCCAGCCCUGUCGUGGCCAGCAUCGGCAAGGAGGAAGCCGAUGUCAUGAUUCGGACCAAGAUCCUCCCCGUCAUCAAGGAGAACGCCGCCGUUUUUGGCGGGGUAACGGAUGCCGAUGACGAUCGCCUGGUCCGACUUGCUCAUCAGAUGGGCAGCACCAUCAUGGCCUACUCCUUUGAUCUCGAGGGCGAAGGUGACGAAGAGGAUGAGGACGAGGACGGCUGGGUCGAGGACAGGGAAGGAAGGACCAUGAUGGGGAUGGUGCCCAUGGCGGACAUUCUGAACGCAGAUGCUGAGUUCAACGCACACAUCAACCACUCGGAAGAAGCCCUGGUAGCCACGGCUCUGCGCAAAAUACCAGCUGGCGAGGAAAUACUGAACUACUACGGCCCACUACCCAACGGACAGCUCCUCCGCAGAUACGGCUACGUGACGGAGAAGCACAGUCGAUACGACGUUGUGGAGCUGACUGCUGCCUCCAUCACCAGCGGCAUCCGUUCGCGGCUGAACUUGGCACAGCAGGAUUGGGACAAGAUCGACGAGGCUAGAGCCAAAGCAAUGUUUGGUGACGACAGCGAGCAGGUGCCCGGCGCCAUGGUCGAGGUCGAGGAUUCAUAUCCCCUUGAGCGGACCUGUGCGGAUCCCGACGAGUUUGGUCAGCUCCAGGGCACACCCUCCUUCUCUGAGUUGCCCGAAGAGCUGCUGGAUAUGGCAAAGGCGAGAUUCAAGGAGAUCAAGACCAUCCGUCCGGAUGCAGUCCAGGACAAGAAGUUCAGGGAUCGCAUAAUUCACUCGGCUGUACGGGAGGCUGCCAGUAUGAAGUUGACCGAGUACGGCACUACCUUGGACGAGGAUCUGGCCAGGAUAUCGAUGCUUGGCAGCAAUCAAUCACGUCUGAGGAUGGCAAUGGAAGUCCGCAUCGGCGAGAAGAAGCUACUGCAUGAGGCCAUAGCCUGGCUCGACGAGAAGAUAGGUGAUGGUGGUGCGAAUGGCGACAUGGAUGUUGACGAGCCUGCGUCAAAGAGACAAAGAAGGGCUUGAGGGCGGGUAAGGUUAUAUCGAUAAUAUGUCUCGUAUGCGUCACGACUUUCUGGAUGGUCCGUCUUCUUAAAAGUGCCUUUCGGGUGUUUGCCGGUCGGCCUUUUCAAGUCAAAAUUGAGAGCAUUGGAGCCUUAGGACAAACAUGGGCGUGUUUUCCGCAAAACUGUAUGAAUUGUUACCAUAAUCAUGAUGCUGAUUCUCAUGAAAGCGAAUCAAUUUGAAUGGGCUUGGGGUGCUG